AUGGUCAAGAGACCGAUUCGUGUUCAUCAAUUAUUCUAUUGUACGAAGCGAACUAGUUGGGUGGAAAUUCGUGCAUUCGUCUAUCGGUGUUUCUUUUCCAAGAAAUAUCAAGUGCUGAUUCGACCCGAUCUACUUUCAUUAGUAAUUCAAGAUAAAUUUCUUCCAUUGCUUAAUAGUUUAAUCGAAAAUCAUCCGAUGUAUCAUUUUCAAUUGGGUAUAAUUACAACAAGAACUGCGUCUCAUAUACAAUUAAUUAAUGCAAUCAAAACUCGAAUCAAUAUCAGCAUAUUACAAGAUCAAAAACUUUUAAGCAAAGAUGAUCUGGCUGCUCAAGUACAAAAUAUGCUUCAUCAAUGUACAAUAGUCACAUCUCGUCUGUCUGGCUUAGGUAAAUCACAAUUCAUCACGAAAGAAAGUCAUCGUCUAGGUAAACAACUUAUUAAAUUUCCAAUCGGCGGCGAUAUUAAAUCCGACGAAAUUGCCAGUCGACUUCGAAUUUUACAUGAAAAAUCCUUGCAAACAUCAAUUCUACACAUCGACAUCGGCCACGUUGAAGAUGUCUAUGCUCUCGAUGAACUGUUAUACUGUCUCAUACUUUUUCGUAGCUUCUGUUUCGGUCAGUCAGCUGCAUAUAUUCCAGAGGAAGCAUUGAUAUAUAUUGAACUUGCUUCAUCGCCGUACAUUAAAAUAAAUCAACGUCUGAUGAUAUGCCAAUAUCUUACGCCUACCCAUUUCGAUAAAGUAAACUGGGAUGAACUCGAUUGCGACAGUCCGAUGAUUCAGUUUGUCACCAAAUAUUUGAAUGCAAUUGACACAGGUACCAUCGCACGCAAAGGUAUUCAAGUAAAUGAUGCAAAGGUAAUCGACCGUGCAACAUGUAUGACUUCCAUUCAAAAGCAUUUUCUUCAAAGAAAAAAUCUCGAGUUCGUCACAUGGACACAAUUGUCUGUUUUUAUUGCAGUAUAUCAUUCUCUUUUUAAUGGAUUUUCUAUUUGUGGUUUCUUUUUUGUUGAACUUCUGGACCAACCUCAAUUACGACUCGACAUGCUUCAAGCACUUCUUCGUUCGUCAGAUCAAUUCACAUCCGUAUCUGUAGAAAAGGUACGAACGCAGCAACGCGAAAGUCUGAGAGAUGGUACAGAAAUUCAACAGCCAGAAUUAACUGAUGCAAUCGUUCGCUGGGAAAAUACACAACCGUUUACGCUUGUUUUUACGGCAACUCAUGAGCCUUUAUUUGUUUACAAAACAACUGUCGAUAUACCAGAAUCACUCAGAAACUAUUUUACUCAUUUUCAACAGGCUAUUUCUCAGCAAUCAACUCGAAAAACUUCUGAAAAACAUGAACUAGUAAAUCACAAUCGUGAGAACAUGCUUACUGAUUACAAUAGACUUUCGCAUGUGGACUUCUUUCAUAAGCUCGCUUUAUUAUCACACAAAUAUUUCAAUAAAGCUGUAUGUACGAAAUGUUUCAAACAAUAUCCGUACGAAACACAGCAAUGUACACGCUGCCAUACUAGCGAGAGCAUGGCUCGGCCAGAAACCCUCGACGCUAGCGAUGUCUUAGUGUUUCAAAUAAAUAUCGCUACUUUAAUUGAAGCCGAAUAUGUUCUCACGCCAGAUAAUUAUGUCAAAAUGUUACUUAUCUACAUGCGUAUACAAAGCAAUCUUCCAGUAUUAAUUAUGGGAGAAACAGGUAAACCUCUUAUGAGUAAUGCUGCUGACAGAUCUAUUGAAUCGUGUGUACAAAGACAAAUUUAA